AUGCCCGACCCAGCGAGCUCACGGUUUACGCCGUCCAACAAGACAACAACUGAGCGCAUCUCAGACAGCACCGUAGGCCUCGUCGCGCUCUCCGACUUUCGCAAGCGACGCGCCGAGGUCCUCGACCAGCAAGACCGCGAACGAGAAGCCGCCCUGUCCGGCACAUCCACACCAGACCGAUCCAAUUCCGCGACCCCAGACCCCGGGAGCGACUCGGCCAGCGGUGCGACCAAAUCCAAAAAGAAGAAGAAGAAGCUCGGCGGCAGCAAGCUAUCUUUUGGCGACGAUGAAGAGGAAGAGGAGGGUUCGCUGCCAGUAAAGAAAGGCAUGAAAGCAGAUGAAGACGAGGAUGAGAAAAGCGCAACCAUAAAGAAGUCCAAAGUCGUUGCCAACUCGUCCGUCGCGUUUGUGCCCAAGGUCAUGUCGAAAGCAGCCUUGCGACGCGAGGCGGCCGAGAGAGAGGCGCUGCGCAAGGAGUUCCUCGCGAUACAGGAGGCCGUCAAGGCGACGGAAAUUGCGAUACCAUUUGUGUUUUACGAUGGAUCGAAUAUACCUGGUGGCACUGUCCGUGUCAAGAAGGGCGACUACAUCUGGGUUUUCUUGGACAAGAGUAGAAAAGUUGGCGCCGAGUUAGGCGUGGGAGAGAAGGCCAAUGCACGAAGAGAAUGGGCGAGAGUUGGUGUGGACGACCUGAUGCUCGUCCGGGGGUCCAUCAUCAUUCCACAUCACUAUGAGUUCUAUUUCUUCAUCAUCAACAGGAAUGCUGGCCCAGGUGGCCAACAACUGUUCAGCUACAAAGCCGACGCGCCGCCCAAGAAAGACGGACCGGAACCAGACGAAGCCCCAGCUGCCCCAUCUGGCGGCCUGACCACCGCAGCUGCUCUCAAGGCGGCUGCAGUCAGGGCCCUGCCUGACAUCAACACCCUUGAAGGUGCCACAGACGACCCUACCCUGACGAAAGUGGUGGAUCGGCGCUGGUAUGAGCGCAAUAAGCACAUCUAUCCAGCGAGCAUGUGGCAAGAGUUUGACCCCGAGAAGGACUAUGACACGGAGGUGCGGAAGGAUGCCGGCGGCAACACGUUCUUCUUUUCGAGGUGA